GGCUCAGAUUCGAUUUCCUCAGACGAGGAAUCGUCGGUUUCCUCCUCCCCAGAAGAGGUUUCAGAGGAGACGGGCUUCUCGGGCUCACGGGAUUUCAACAUUUUCUGGUCCGACACUGUCCUUGGCCGUGGCACGCUCACUGUCGUCACCAAUUCAGCCUUGCCCUGGAAGGACGACGCCUUCUCGAAUAGUUUUCCCCUCUUGUUCUUCUUGACUCUAACUUUUCGGUUUGCUCACCACAAGAAAAGACAUCAGGUUGAACUGGUUCUAUCACUACACUUCACGUUUCUCCCGAUUGCUGAGUUGGAGUUAGCAACAAUUGAACUUAAUAGUGGGCCUCGAUUGGUGACGAUGGGCUCUACUUGUUGCUGUUUGAAGGAUGAAUGUGAAGAUUUUGCUAAUCCAAACAGCUCGGUUUAUCGGAACUGCAUAUGCCUCCGCUGCUUCAUUCAGCAUUUCUUGCAUAUGAUUGAACUUAAUAGUGGGCCUCGAUUGGUGAAGAUGGGCUCUACUUGUUGCUGUUUGAGGGAUGAAUGUGAAGAUUUUGCUAAUCCAAACAGCUCGGUUUAUCGGAACUGCAUAUGCCUCCGCUGCUUCAUUCAGCAUUUCUUGCAUAUGGUAUAUACUGACUGCUGUGAUGAAAUCGAUUAA